AUGAUACGUUCAGUCAUUCCGGUGGCUAUACGUCGACUGCAGGUUCGAACUUUAACCUCGGACAAAGAGAAGGAUUUACCAGUGGUUCGUCUCCACGAUGCGAAACGGAAAGAAGUUGACGAAAUUCUUAAACCAGCGGUUCCAAAGGUCCCAGUUCCUGUCCUAAACGACGAGACAGCAGACAUUGGCGGCAGACCGCCGGAACACACUGAAGAACGAACGGCCCGCAUAUUCCGAGCUGCUCGAGAAGCAACUCAAUCACCAUGGAAUAAUACUAAGCCAUGGCAUAUCGAAUUAGAUAACCGUGAGCGUUGGGAGAAUCCGCUGAUGGGAUGGUGUAGCUCGUAA